AGGAAACUAGAGAAAGAGCACUGAUGAGAUUAUCUAUCUAUUCAUUGAUUCCUUCAUGGCUUCUCGUCUGAUCACCACCCAUCGAAGCUUCUGCCACAAACUUGAGUUAAACUCUUGUAGACUAUCAUUUCUAUCAUCAAACCCGCAUGUGAAUUUUUGCAUUCCAGCUUUUGUUUCAUGUAGAGGUCCCUUUAGUUGUUUGAAGCUUAAGCACUGCCUCAAGCUUAGAGCAUCAUCUGAGGGGCUUCCAUCUGAGUUAGUAGAAGAAGACUCCAAAUUUGUUCCUCUAAAUGCUGAAGAUCCUAGAUAUGGUCCACCUGCAUUAUUGUUGCUGGGGUUUGAUUUAGAGGAGGCAGUGAAGAUACAGCAACUUCUUAAGGAGUUAGAUGGUGAUUUCCUAGAGGUCAUUUUUUGUACUGAAGACAUGAUUACUUGCUCUCUGUGGGAGGCAAUGAAUACUAAGCAACCUAAUUUGGAUGCUGCAAAGAUUGCAAAGUCACUUCCCCGAAUUUGCUUCUUGUCUGGUCUCACAGGAGAGGAGAUGAUGAUGUUUAUUGAUGCCUUUCCAGAAAGUGGACUAGAACCGCCAGUUUUUGCUGCUCUUGUCCCGAACAGUGCUGAUAAACCGAUACAAGAGUUGAUUGAAGAGAUCAUGGGGGACCAUGAGAUGAUUGCAUCCAGAAAAUCGACUUAGAUAUGGAUAUUUGUUGGUGGAUUCUCCGAAGUUUAAACAUUAGUCGUACGGUAUGGCUCCUGCAAGCUGAAUGAAACUCACGAGCUUGUACCGGGAGAAGAGCAAUAUAUAGAUGACUAUACAUGAAUUCUAAAAUUUUAUAGAGCACUGACAUCUGUUAUCUCCAGCUUAACCGAUUUCACGUUAUAUACAGCACUGGCGGUCUACGACAUUGAGCAUGACUACUGCCGGUUAAAAUCCACUGAAAAGCCUAUCCUGACUGAAACGUGUACUUCAAAUGGUUGCCUUGAAAGUUUAAGUCAAAUUGUCUUGCAGGAAUUGAGAGAACUAA